UGUCAUUCUUUCUUUUCAUAGAGCACUCAGACAAGUCCGGGGGUUGGUUUCUUAGUUUAAAACAAUUUUGUGUUGAAAUUUUCUGUAUGUAAUCUUAGCAUAUUCAUAAAUCUCCUUUGUCUUUUCUUCUUUUUUUUUUUUGAAUGUGACAUUUUAGUGAUACUGUAAUUUAGUUUUAUUUAUUUCCUUCUAUGAUUUAAUUUUUUUCUAUCUAGUCUAUCUUUUUUAUUAUUAUUAUUUACCAGUAAUACACUAACUUGAUAAAGUUUGGUUUUGCUGAAUAUUUAGCUUUCUUAACUAAACAGCACUCUUUUGAUACUUCACCAAUCUGUCUGUCUAUCUCCUCGUGUUCUCGGCCGACUUGAUGUCUGGCACACUGUGAACUCACUGUAAGGGACACUGCAGUUUUCCAAGGCUUGAGAAUAUCUGGAAUUUUUUUUACUCAUAACUAAGACUGGUGAAUUUGAAACAAUGAGCUUUGAUGGUGUUCCAUCCAAAUCGGAGGUUAUGGGCUGGGAUUCACAUCGGUUAGCUGACUUUUUGAAAAGAAGGAAUCUAUCUGGAUGUGAUAAGGUCAUAACACGACACAACAUAAAUGGACAACGGUUCCUGAGUAUGUCCGAAAACGACCUUCAAAAGUUCCCGAAGCUUCAUGCACCGCUUAUCUCCAAGAUUUGCCAGGAAAUCAACAAAGAAAAGAAGAGAUUUUUCCCACCAAUUCCAUCAAUAAGGCCAUCACAACCAGUCCCCAACUUUUCACAACCACCAGCUGAACAUGAGGAACAAGCAUGGGACUCUGAGGAGUUUGAAAGCGAGGAUGAUUACGAGGAUCCAGAUUCAAAUGGCGAAGACGAAGCCAGCGGUGGAGAUUAUGAGUCUCCAGAGGAGGGAUCGGACAGUGACAAUAGCUAUGAGCCACCACCAAUCGAGCCUUCUGAUGACACGCCCCAGAUCUGUCCUUCUAAACCCAUAGAAAACAGCGAUUAUAUUGAUAAUAACCGUAAUCGUGGCACGAACAGGAGCCAACCUCCUGUGCCUCCAGAGCGUCCUGUACCUGGACCUGGAAUUGGACUAUCUCUCCCUCCCUUAGGGGAGAGGCCAAGUAUUGGACUACAUCCAAGAGAAGAGCGGGCCCCAAAAAGAACCCCUGCACCUGUUGUCGACCGCAGUAAAAAGCCAGGUGUGCAGGACAGGAGCCAUCCCUCACCUGUAGCAGGUAUAAGGGGUAGUAGCUCACUUGACAGGGUUGCCCAACCACCAAAAAGUGCUCCUCUCAGACUAACUGGAGUGGAGUUGCCAGGAGACCCAAUGAGCAUUCCCAAACCCUCACUUCCUCCAUCUGGUGUGCGCAGGAGUGCCUCUUCUGUUACGCCAGGCUACUCUCAAAACAGAAAUCAACUUGAUCACAGAAAUGAGUUUCACAAUGACACUCCCAGGCACUCCUCCAACACAUUUCCAUUGCACACCAGGAAUCCAUCACCAAGGCCGCCAGGAACACACGGACAGUCUUCUCAAACAGACAGUGUUAAUCCCAAUCGAUCACUACCAGCAGAACUGCAGAAAGCAAUGAGCGCUCACCGGAGUAGUCCAAGAGCAGCACUGCCACAGCCAAACACAGGUAGCAAGCAGGACAUGGAUCCAGCAUGGUAUAUGGGACAAAUCACCCGUGGUGAAGCCGAGAACUGUCUGAGAAGAGUUAACAGGGAUGGGGCGUUCCUUGUGCGGGACAGCUCAAAUCACUCUACUAACCAGCCCUACACACUCGUGGUACUUUAUCAGGAAAAAGUUUACAACAUUCAGAUCCGCAGACAGAGAGAUGGCUUCAUGCUUGGCACUGGUCUAAAGGGCUCAGAGAAUUUUGAACGGGUUGCUGACAUUAUCAGUCAACACAGACACAUGCCACUCCUCCUUAUUGAUGCUAAGAACCGAGUAUCAAGCCAACAGAACCAAUGUGCUCUGAUUUACCCAGCUGGAUAUUAAACCUUUUUUCUACCCAAGUCUAAUCUCCACAGGACAACACUGGACUGCAGCACAUUAUACUUUCAGAAAUAGAUCUGAUCUCUGUAAUGUUUUUUUCUUUCUCUCUCAGAGACAAUUAUCAUAAUUGCAACACCAUUCGUAACUUUCAGAAUUGUACGACUGUUGUUGCUGUUGUUUAGAAUAUUGUAAAACUUUUGAAUGCAUGAUCACACUGAUGGUACUGAAAAGAUAUUAAGAAAUUAAAUAUUCAUAUAUCACACAAACCUACUGUCUGUAAAUCAAUAUUUACAUUCUAAAGUGUAGGCUAUUUCUCAAACUAUAACUAAUCUCUAACCUUCACUGUGAAGAAGAGCUACUGUACAGUUCAGAAAAAUCAUGUAUUUUUCCCCAUCUUGUUCCACUGUUUUCAAUAAAAAA